AUGCCCACUCCCAACCAAAAUUCGGAAAAAAACUCAUCUGAAGCUGAAAUCGCUUUACUGACUCAGAAGCUCGCCACGCUGACCGCUGGACGUGAUGAACUGGGAGGAGGUUCCGAGGCCAAUGAAUCUUCUUCCGACAGAGCUGCACAGACUCCCGAGCUGUGGUCAUCCCUACACCUUGUGAUUCCUCGUUCGGGUCGAUUCCAUAUCCCCGACUCGCAACCUGAACUAUACGAGCAGAUGCGCACGGGCUUCGAAUAUUGGCUGGAACACCCAGGAGGCCUCCCACUAGAUCUCUCCCUCCGCUCCGAAGAAGGACGGGAGGACGAGUCCCACGUCGGAUGGGUGUUCGAGCGAGGGCCCGAUGGAAGCAUUGCACAGUGCACAUCCCCUUCGUUUUCGCUGGGCGUGUUCUCUGACCUUCCGGGUGACCUUCUCGAGUCAUUAUAUCCUGUCCUCUCCGCUUCGACUGCCCCCGCCGAACGUGCGGAAAAUCACGUUCUACUCGGUCUCGCCGGGGGCUCCUUCCCCCGCGCUCCUCGUGGAUAUAACGAGUCUCACCCUCCGGCGACGCGAGCGCUAGGAUAUCAACAACCCCCGGAGAUGUUCACGGUCCUCGGCGCGUGCACUCACUGCCGCAUCUCGACGACCGAGAGGUUCCACCCGCAACCGGACGCUCACCCCAAGUCGAGUCGAGGCAUGCGGGCCCCCCCGGCCCCGGGGGAUAAUAAGGCCGAGGUUCCUGAACUGACCCCGACCUCUUCACGUACCCUCGUGGCUCCCGCGCUCGAGGUGGUCGAUGGCGACGGGCUGCAACCAUGA